GAGGCGGCGCCGGGGCCCUGCACGCCCCGGCUAUGUCGGGGCCCAACGCGUCCUGGUGGGCGGUGGGCAACGAGUCCGGCUGUCCUGGCUGCGGCGCCAACGCCUCGGACGGCCCGGCCCCCGCGGAUCGGCGGGGGGCGCCCUGGUGGGGGCAAAAAAGGCCGCUGCUCUCCGCGGCCCUGCUCCUGGUGGGCCUGGCCGGGAACUCGCUCGUCCUCUACGUCAUCUGCCGCCACAAGCAGAUGCGGACGGUCACCAAUUUCUACAUCGCCAACCUGGCGGCCACGGACGUGACCUUCCUGCUGUGCUGCGUGCCCUUUACCGCCCUGCUCUACCCGCUGCCCGCCUGGGUGCUCGGCGACUUCAUGUGCAAGUUCGUCAACUACAUCCAGCAGGUCUCCGUGCAGGCCACGUGUGCCACCCUGACUGCCAUGAGCGUGGACCGCUGGUACGUGACGGUGUUCCCGCUGCGCGCCCUGCAGCGCCGCACGCCCCGCCGGGCGCUGGCCGUCAGUCUCAGCAUCUGGGUGGGUGAGUGCAGCGCCGCCGGGGCGAAGGGGUGGGGGGCAUGCCCUGGGCUCGCGGGCCACCGCUGCCCCUCUGACGGGGGCGUUCAGCCAACGCCGACCGGAGACGCACCUGCCAGGCCCGCCCGCAGCCGGGCGAGGGCCCUGCCGGGUCUUCAUCCGGCCUGUGGUGCAGGCUCGGCGGCUGUGUCGCCCAUCCAGCUGUUCCUGGUCCUGCAGGCGCUGGGCCCGGCGGGCGCCUGGCACCCGCGCAGCUACGCCGCCUACGCGCUCAAGACAUGGGCCCACUUCAUGUCCUACAGCAAUUCGGCGCUCAACCCGCUGCUCUACGCCUUCCUGGGCUCGCACUUCCGACGGGCUUUCCGCCGCGUCUGCCCCUGCGCUCUGCGGUGGCCCUCGCGGCCCCAGCCCUCGGCCCUCGGCCCACCCCAUGCGGAGCUGCACCGCCUGGCCGCCCGCCAGGACCCCGCCAGGACGCCGAGGCCGGAGAGCCGCGGGCUGGCGGAGCGCAGGCUGUGUGUCCUGGAGGAACACUCCGGCCCCCUCUGAGCAGUCUACCGGGUGCAGAGAGCCCCCUGGGGCAGAGGCUGCUCCCCGGCUGUAACUGUCACGCGUCUUGAUGAUCAUCCCAGACACUCGGCUUCGGUGACGGUGACGUGCGCUAGCCGCUAGCGGGGUUGUAAUCCCCCUUGUUUCCUGUGUGCUCACCGCUUUGCGCAUCUUUCCAGCACGCCAGCCCUUCUGAGGCACCACAGCAGGUGCUGGCUGUACCAGGGCCACCCACUGUCAGUGAUUAAACGUGAGCGCUAUGCAGACAGACCGCUGUCUGGCCCCAGCACCGCCGCA